AUGACAAGACAUCUUCUUGUUUUAUUGUUCUUCUGCCUUUGCGUUUUCGGUCUCAGACGUAGGUUUAUGUGCAUAUCGAAGACAAAGUUUAGCUUCUCCACGAAGACAAGACCGCCGUAAUGGGGCUCGACCAUUCCCGGAUGUCGACAACACAAAUGACAGCUUGCCGCAUAAGGUUGAGGUCUAUCAUUACAACUUGACGUUGGAUGCGACCUUUGCGUAUAAGGGAUACAAAUUCCCGGCAGGUAAAGUAAUACUUUAGAUUAUGUUAAGGCCUCACUUGAAGCGAAGUUACGGGCUGUCACUGCUCGUACAUAUACGAUCUUCAGACUCAAGAAGAAGCAUUCCAAGUGCUACGCUGAAAUUUUUAUGAACGCGGGCCCAAAUUUUAAGCAUCUCAAGACACCCGCAACUGGCAAUAUCACCUUUCAGAAAAGUUGAACACUUUUGUCGGACAAGUCCAAAUCUUUCUCUCGCCACUACAACAAAUCAAUCAAAUUGAACUGAACUCUGCCGUGAAUAUAACCUCCACACAUCUAACUGACGGUACUACUCAGUACACUAUCACAAAACAAGAACAUACUGCGGCAGACCACUUAAUAAUACAUACGAAGGAGACGUUAGAAGUUGCUAAAAAUUACACAUUAUCCUUUGAAUUUAACGGACACUUCAACAAGGAAUGGGAAGGACUUUACUCUGUGGAUAUCACUGAUGAAGAUCAUCAAGAGACGUACGACUUUUUAGUUUUAAAAUACAGGGCAGAAAAGCGGUUAAAAAAUUAUUGGCUAAAAAAGGGUUUCGUUUUACGAAGGCUUGUUUUACAGAGAUACGUUUUUCAGAGCUAUUCUGGCGACACAAUUUGAAGAGAUCAAAGCGAGGACAGCGUUUCCAUGUUUUGAUGACCCGUCUUUCAAAUCAACCUUCCAGCUUACAUUAUAUCAUCCGAAAGGGUCGAAAGCAUUAAAUAAUGCAGAAGCUUUGAGUCACAAAGAUGUCGGGUAAGACCGAUUACUAAGGGCUGUAACUUUGAAGGGUAAUGGCCACAAUUUUCUUCAACUUUGCUAGUUUUUUUGCUUCAUGGAAAUAUAAGUUACACUUGUUGUAUUUCCAGCCAGCAGACUAUUACCGUCUUCGGAAUCACCCCAAAAAUGCCAUCGUACUUGUUUGCCCUUGCCGCCUCCGGCUUUUACGAAGUCUCGGCCAAAACAAGUCGAGGAGUUUUGGUAGGUAAUCUGAAACUUGUCGGAUAUAUGAGCAAUUGUAGACUAGAGUAAUUUCCAUUCACAAAGACCCCAAAUUCAAUCAGGAAACCGCCGUUUAUGCAGCCAAGAUUGUCGACAUUAUGGAGAAUUUGACCGGAAUCGAGUAUCCAUUGGAGAAAUUGGGUAUAGAUACACUGUAGCAAGCGUAUAUAUACUAUGAUUUUAGAUCAUCUCGAUGUAAUGUUUAUGAUGGCAGAAGGAAUGGAGAACUUCGGGCUUAUUACCUACAACAAUAAAUAUCUGAAUGCAAAGUACGACGAGAAUCUGGUCGAUCAGUUUACGAGAAUCAAUGUCAUUGCUCAUGAGACUUCUCAUCAAUGGUAACGGAGGGCGCAAGAGUGCCAUGUCAUGUGUUUUGAUAAAUAAUUUUCAGGUUUGGAAAUUUGGUGACAGGUAAGAGAUGGGGCUUGGAAUAUCUUCACGAGUCGUUUGCGAACUUGUUUGAGACCGAAGUUAUGCAAAACAUUGAUCUUUUCAAUUAUGCAGUAGUAAGUGAGCUCGCAUUACUGCAACUUUGCAUACGCAUCCUGCUUACAAGGGAAGUCACUUAAGUCACGGAUCGGUUUUUAAAAACGACUGUUACCGCGAUGGGGAAGGUAGGACGGAGAUACCAAAUCUGAAAACCGCUACCUCCACCGGCCUCUGGGAGCCGAGAUAAUCGACCAAAAAGGUUUGACCAAAAAAAGUUGCUCCGAGUAGUCCUCUCUUCCGAAAGAAGGGGGCAGAGAACCGAAUGGUCCGGUGGUCUGGAAGCGCGCUUCCGGGCCUUGGCCUUUUCAGGUUCGAAUCCGCAUGGGUCAAAUAGUUUUUUAAACUUUUCCUGUAAUCCAGUAAAUUUACCGGUAAGAUAAAAUUUUUGAUUUUUUGCAUAUUUUACGAAAUUUCAGAGUAAUUAUUUGAAUGCGAAUUCCAAACUAUUUGAACUUUCCAGGUUGAAAAUUUACCGUAAAAUAGCCAUAAAAUCUAAAAAUAAAUUGCUAGUAAAUUUACUGGAUUACAUCAACUGUUUUAUAAAUUUUUCACAAGCUCGAGACCCGCGCGGAUUCGAACUUGAAAAGGUUAAGGCCCGGAAGCGCGCUUCCAGACCACCGGACCAUUCGGUUCGCUGGCUUUUCUUCUUUCGGAAGGAAGAAAUGUUUGGACGAAUUUGGUCAAACUUUUUGGUCGAUUAUCUCGGCUCCCAGAGGCCGGUGGAGGUAACGGUUUUCAGAUUUGGUAUCUCCGUCCUACCCUCCCCAUCGCUGUAACAGUCGUUUUACAAAAUCGAUCCGUGAUUUAAGUGACUUCCCUUGUUAGACAACAUAUAUCAAUACAUUAAAAUAAAUUGCAGAGAAUGGACACUAUAAAAAGGUUUAAAGAUGCCCGUGGCUUCGCGGAAAAAGCGUGGCAUGCCAUUGAGGACAAGGUCAGCUACUUUGAUGGUAAGUCUUUAAGUGAUUUUGAAAGAGUACCUUUGUUUCUAACAGAAAUGACUUACGAAGUUGGCGGCGCUUUAUUGUUGGUCAUUAAAAAUCUGGUUUCCGAGAAAGUGUUUUACUCCGCCCUUCAUACGUACUUAAAAAACAACAGCUUUGGCAACGCUGACACUGAUGCAUUGGCAGCGGCUUUUAACGAGGUAAGGCCUUGCAACGGGUAACAAAAUUGGUCUUAGCAAGGUCUUUUUUCAACGAUUUUAUAUUCCAAGGCUAUUCAAGAGUACAGGAUCUAGCGAAAAGAUCACUUUUAGGCUCUCAAAGAUGCCCCAAGUCUGGGCUUUGACUUCUCCGAAGAAUACUUGAAACCCUACAUCAGACAAGUUGGAAUUCCAACGGUAAAUGUCACCUUGAACGAGCAAGAUCAAUAUGUAAUUCAACAAAUUACAUUCCAAAAUUCAAACACCUGGCUUGUCCCCUUGUUCAUCUACAAUUUGGACAAAAUGGAGGAGAUCAGAGUGGAUGUUCGGAAAGACCCGGUGACUUUGAAUACAACGGACACAUUGCUUUUUAACAGCAAUUACAAAACUUUUGCUUUUGUUAAUCUAGAUGAUACGAUCGUGGAAAAAGUUGUGAAACACAAGAAUCUCCCUAAAUUGUCAGCUCAAAACCAAGUGGCCGUGCUCAGUUAUGAAGGGCGUGAGGAAGAAGUGUUGGCAAGGAUUGUCGAAGGAAAUGGCUAUGAAGUUGAUCCAUUUGCAGCUCAGUAUCUUCCGAAUGUUGUAAGUGCUCUCAUUAGAGACGGCUUUAAAGUGUGUCAGGUUAAUCUACAUCGAUUGACGGAACUUUUUUGUUCUAGAAAAAGGAGUUUUUAAGGCCAUGUUUAAGAGCCUUCCACCUUGAAUAACCUUUUACAUAGCUCCCGCAUCUGCAAAAUUUUUGUAAUUUCAGAAUAACAAGGAUCUAGUGACCAAGCUUGCCGACAAGUUCAUCCUUGAGAACACAACAGAAGCCAGGUAGAAAUGAUAUCAAAAACAACAUUUUCUUUACCCCGUUUUCAGACAUGUCGGGCGACAUCUUCUCCUCCGCGCUGUGCAGCUUGAAGUCCCAAAAAUCGUUAAUCUUACACAGACAUUGUUCGAUCAAUUUGUCAAAGAUUGCGACGCAAAAAAGCCUUUGCAUGGCUGCGCAAAGUAAGAUAUUAAUGCCACAGAUAUAUUGCUCUUGCAGAAUUAUUCCUGAGUACCGAUACGGUGUGUACACACAAGGAAUCAAAUCGGAAGAUGGCUUGGCCUUCCUCUCGAAUUACCAUGAACGCCUUGAAAAUGCUGCGUAUCCCGAAGGACAACUUUUUAUGCCGGAAUACAUGAGGGUUGGGGAUAUCUUGGGUUAA